UAAAAUCAAAAUAAAUUGUCGAGAGCAGAAUCAACCGCGAUACGGUAUACUUUUCUUUGACGUUGCAUGGUUGUGCUGUGUUGUUUUGCGUUCAAUUUCGUGUAUUAUUUACGAGAAAUUUGGUAUUUCCAAUGAAAUAAUUCGAUAAAUUUGUGGAUGAUAAAUGUAUGCGUGUGGAUGUGACAAUUUCCUGAAUAAAUUAUAAUUGUGAUGUAAAAAGACGUGCUUGCGAAAGACUGAUUCAGAGACCUUAUAUUUUAGCAAUAAAAUAUAUUUGUAACACAAAGGGUAUCCAAAAUCACCAGAAUUAGAUGCGACAGUAAAGAAAUUCGAUGCAUCGACAAUAACAUUCCAAUAAGACUGAUUAUAUUAAGCCUAUAAUGAGCACAAACUGAUCCACCAACAUGUUCCAAUUACUGGGCGGUUUGCGGGUGUACUUCAAGUACCAGCCGAUAAGGAUAGACAAUGCCGUGUUCCGCCUCCACAACGUGUUCACUACGGUGCUGCUGCUCACGUGUUCCAUGAUAAUCACCGCGACGCAGUAUGUGGGCAAGCCGAUCCAGUGUAUCGUCAGCGGGCUGCCGACGAAUGUUGUCAACACAUUCUGUUGGAUCACGUCCACUUUUACUAUGCCCGAUGCUUUCGCGAGAGAGGUGGGCAAGGAAGUGGCGCAUCCAGGUAUAGCCAACGAGUACGACAGCACACAGGAGAAGAAGUACUACACGUACUACCAGUGGGUCUGCUUCGUGCUGUUCUUCCAGGCUAUAAUGUGCUAUACGCCCAAGUUCUUGUGGGACGCGUUCGAGGGUGGGUUGCUGCGCACCAUCGUGAUGGGGCUGAACGUGGGCGUUUGCCACCAGGAGGAGAAGGACAAGAAGAAGGACGUGCUCAUCGGGUACCUGCUCAGGCAUGAGAGGACGCACAAACUGUACGCGUUCCGUUACUGGGGCUGCGAGCUGCUGUGUCUGGUCAACAUCGUCCUGCAGCUGUGGAUGAUGGACAGCUUCUUCAACGGGGAGUUCAUGUCGUACGGCACCAGGGUGCUCGGGUACAGCGAGGUGCCACAGGAGGAGAGAUAUGACGCGAUGAUAUACGUGUUCCCGAGGAUGACGAAGUGCACGUUCCACAAGUUCGGCGCGUCCGGCAGCAUACAGACGCACGACAGCCUCUGCAUCCUGCCGCUGAACAUCGUCAACGAGAAGACUUACAUCUUCCUCUGGUUCUGGUACAUCAUACUCGCGUUCAUUUUGACGCUGCUCGUCAUUUACAGACUGGUGAUAAUCGCGAUGCCGUCGAUCCGUCCGCGCUUGCUGCACGCGCGCUCGCGCACGCUGGCGAUGGAGACGGCGGUGGCGGUGUCGCGCCGCACCGACAUCGGCGACUGGUGGCUGCUCUACAUGCUCGCCAGGAACAUCGACCCGCUUAUAUACAGGGAGUUAAUAUCAGAGCUAGCGAAACGCAUGGGCGAAAAGGCGCGCCCACGCGCGUGACCCCCGCCCGCACCAGAGCGGCCAGCUAUCGCUGUGCUCGGCCCGCUCACUGACACUGUCUGACGUCGUCUGACGCAGUCUGACGUAGGCUGACGCCGUCUGACUUCCGACUGACGCUGAUAUCGCUACACUGCUGCCUAUAUUGCGUACGUUAUUUUGUGCGUUAAAACGUAAAGCUGCCCAAUUGUGAAAGUAAGUGGAGUUAAUAGUGUAAUAAUGGCCUUAUGGUUAUUCACAAAAUACAAAUAGUAUCUGUUUCUACGAGUUUCCAAAAUUUGAGGGACCUCUGAGUGUUAAGAGAAUUCUUGUCUUACGAAAGAACUAUCUAAACAUGUUUUAAUUCUAUCCAUAAUUACAUUUAAGUAGUUAAAACCUAGUUAUAUUUAGUCACGAAUUCUUUGUACCAUUAUGUAAUUCGGUGUUCUCACACAUACUUAGGGGUCCCUUUAAAUUAGGGAUAGGUUUUAAAAACGCAUUAUUUCUAUCGUAGCCGUACUGCUAUCUUCACAUUCUAUAGAUAGCACGAAGACAGACAUUUAAUUCAAUAUAUAAAAGUAAAGCAGUCUAGACAGAGUAAUAUUAAACAUGUUUUCACAAUUGGGAUGUUUCUGAAUCAUAUUUGAAAUAUAGAAGAGUUAUCUAUCGAUAUGUUGCAAUAUUAUAGAUAUGCAGCGCCUUAUUCAUGAUUUAAACGUUUCGAAUAUUAAAUGUUACAUUUACAAUAUUAUUGGCCAUGUGAUAAUAAACUUUAUAGUUCAAUUAUUAAGGUGCUUUUCCGAAGUUGGCCGCGGAACGCGAUCUUAAAGAGCGAGUUAUUCUGUGGGUGCCAUUAGUGUUCAUAUAUUUUUCUCUAUUUUAAUUCAAAUAAUUAACUAUAUUUGUUACACGAAACAAGAUAUAAAAAUACAAUUUCUUUAAUAAGUUUCUUAAGUGGUGUAACAAUAAACAGAUAUAAAAUUAAUUUGCAUAUUUUAUAUAUAGAGACUAUAUCGUGACGCAGAAAAACCAAAUAUUGGUGUAAAAAUAGUAAAAAAAAUACGAGAUUCAUAUAGGCUUUGUCGUCUGCGAUUGACGUUUUGCUUUUGACUAGAGAAAAGCAUCUUAAAGUAUAUUACACAACGUUUAAAAUAGCCUAUUUUUUAUAUAGCAAAUGUAACAUUUAGUACAGAUAUAGUGUGAUUCUUUUUAGAAAGGUACAAAUAAUGAUUCUAAAUGUGUAUAAAAGAAAAUAUUUUAUUAAUGAACGAAAAUAUUAUUUCACAUAUCACAUUAUGUUUUGAAUGUAUUUAAUUUUAGUCCGCAGUUAGACGGUCAGUAUUUAUUGUGAUGUAAUAUGACAGUAUUGACUGAUGCCAGUAAACGUAAUGUAGAAUCUCCAGUAUGAUUUCUUUUUUGUAUAUCAUUUUUAAUUGAGAUAUCUAUUGACCGUCUACGAUUCUCUAUAUAUUCAUUUUAUGAACACAAAAUAUAUGACUGAUAAAAUAUUAUGUAACUCUUAUAAUAAUUAUGCUCAAAACGUUUUCGAAUGUUUUUCAUGACAUUAUUUGAAUGUAAUCUCAGUAUUUUUAAAUAGCGCAAAUUCUCAUUUUUUACCUGUCAAUGAAGUUGAUCAAUAUUUCGGUUGGUUUGAUUUUUUUUUUGUAAAAAGAUUUCCGAACUCAAUUGCAACUGGCAACUGUAAUUAUUGUUUGCAUCCAGUUGUAUUUUUUAUUAUAAAUUCAGUCGGAGUCGAGUUUGGAAUCGUCCCUUAAAUGACGAAUCGCGCCUUACGAAUGUCACGAGAUAAUCUCUGCGAUGAAUCUUCACAAUGCCAACAGAAUAACGUCUCGACGCUAAAUACUGCCAAUUUUAUAUAACUAAACUACUUUUAAUGAAUCUGAUAUAAAAUAAUAGUUUUAAUUAGCCAUCCAUUUUAAGACUUUUCCAGAUCUAGUUUUUUGGACCGUAUUCUAUUUUCGCACACGAUCAAUAUUAAAAAAAAGAUAUUUUAUUUAUCAAUACACGCUAUUGGCAAUUUUGCUAUCAUAACAAAAUAACAGUAUUUUUUUCGUUAUAAAUAACUCAAUUUUCUUCUAUAUUUUCAAUAAUCAAGCAAUUGAACAAUCAUCGAUAUCGAUAGUGUCUUAAACAGCAUGCUUUUUAACUUUAGGGAUGUGCCAAAAGUGACAUUUAAAAAGACAUUCACAUCAUGCAUAUCAGUAGCUAGUGUUGUUUUAGUGCAUUUACUGAGUGAGACGACGGUUGAUUCAUUUAUCACAAAAUAGAAUUAGUUCUUUUAUAAUCUUAUGAUUAUAACUUUUUUUUAGUAUUUAAUUAUAUUUUUUGUGUCACGAUUUAUUCACAACAGUUUUGAUUUCUAUGAUGCUAGAAUUAAAUGUAAUUUUUAUUGCGUUAAAUAAAAUCAUUGACGAUUUGUAGAAGUCGAAAUAUGUAAUUUUAUAUAUAUGAAGAUUUGGUCAUAUUUUGCCGAGUUAAAUCGUUUUGUAAAAUUGACAUGCCCAUUAUGAAAUGAGCACAAUAUAAGCAUUUUAGUAUGAAAUUUAAAAUAUGAUCCGAUUAUUGUCUAUUGAUUGUUUUAAAUAUGUCAUGUCACAACUUUUUUUUGUUAUAUAGUAAGAAUUGUCAUUGGAAACAUGGCAUCGCGGGUUGCAAUAAAUUGUCUAUGGUUAAGAAGUAUGGUUAAGGAUUGCUAAGGUUGUAAAUGGCGGUAUAGGGGGUAACAGCGGCUGAUUGGGAAUUAUCGGAGUAAAGAUAAACAGGGAGAUAAAUUGGUUGCAUAUUUUUACAUUGUAUAAUAACGAUUCAAAACUGCCUUGAGGGCGUAGUUGUAUUGCGGGUUACGACCCCGCUCUGAGGUUCCGGGUUCGAAUGCGGGGUCGGGGACAGUGAUUGCGUUAUUAAGCUCAGUAUCUAAGUCUGAAAUUUAUGCUCGAUAUAGCGAUAGGCUCGUCGUUAUCAUAAGGGACGGAAUAUAUCGUGUAUAGUAAACUAGUUGAAUCUCUACCUAACCUUUCGGAAAUAAAGGCGUGAUGUUUGUUUUAAGACAAUAUUUACCCAACUUUAACUGCCUUCCCUCAAACGUUAUUACUCUCUGUGCGCGGCCAUCUUGUUCCCUGAAAAGUAUGAAGAGACUGCGAACGUAAGGACUGCCAAUGAAUGGCCUUAUUGUAAUUGUAAAAAUAGUGUAGGCUUUUGUAUCAGUUUAUUCGAAGUUUAGAUGUAGAGUCGUGCAGUGCUUGUAUAAAUAUUAAACUUGAGAUAAAUAAAACACCUCGUCAUGUUGUGGUAUAUGGAAUUACUUAUAUUGGCAGUGUUCACUUCAAUACGAAAUGUCGAAAGUGGCGCCCCCAGAGCAGGUGCUUUAUUUUCCUGGUCAAGCUAUAUGAGAUAAUAAAAUUGACUGAUUUGAGAUGUCUGUCUUUGGGGCCCAGGUUUGAAUUUCGGUUGAGAGUUCAAUUGGAAAGGUUCAUGAAAAUCUGUCAAGGAAUUUCUCAUGUAAUUGACACAUGAAAAUAUUACAAGCACCUCCGAAUAAUUAUGUAAAAAAUUUAAUAUUUUAUUUAAAAGCAAGCACUGAUAUAGAAUGAGGCAAUUUGAAAUUAAAUGCGGAGUUGUGACGAAAAUGAAAGACUAUUUGUGUUCAUUUUUGGUAAUUUAACUCUUUACGAGUACUAUGUAAUGUAGUUUAUUGUAAAUGUCGAAAUUAAUAAAAUAAUGAAUUUAUAAAACUCGUCGAUGAAUAAAUCCAACAAAAAUGUUGACGUUGUGUGAGAAAAUGUUUAUAUUAACAAAAAGAAAAUAAUUUAGAUUAUUGUGCAUUUUAUUGUAUUGUGGCGUAUUUUGAUGCGUAUCCGAACGCAGUUUUUUUUUAUCGUUUAUUCUUUAUAUAUAAAGCCAAUUAAUGUCUUCUAAAAUUGUAUGCUUGAAUUAAUUUCAAAUAGAAUUAUUUUUAUUUAGAAUACAUUCCUUUUGUAAUCAUAAUUUUCUAUGAUAAUUACAUCGCUAGUAAGGUUCGUG